AGUUUGUUUGAAGUGUUAAUGUAAAUGUUUUUUUCUUUAACAAGACACAAUCACACAAGGCUUGAUAAUCCAUAUAGGCAGAGAAGGGUGUUUUGGUAAAUUCACAUCUCCAUGCAUCAGAGCAAGUUAUGAUGUCUUCUUGUUUGUUGGGUGGGUCUUCUUCUUCCUUAGGUUCCUCUCCUCUCUCAGGGUUUAUAUAACUAAACUACAGAGAAAAGUAUAACACUAGUUCCAAUCAAUCAAGAUUCCAUUUUUAUUUAACUCUUAAUCAAAAUUCCAUACAUUCCCCACUAACCCUAAUUCAAUUACUCCCAAAUUACUUCAUAUCUUUCUUCUUUUUCUUCUUACCAAACCAUUAAAAGCACCACCAGAUCCUCCCAUUUUAGCUUACCUACUCAAGAUCUCAUCUGGGUUUUCAUCUCCUUCUCCGAUUAUGUAGUAUAACUUUUGCAUGGCUCUUCCGGGGUGAUGUGGCAUAAAUGGAAGGAGAAGUUUUCUCUCAUACUGUCCAACUGUAUCAAAUCUUUCCUGGGGAUUGAACAAACUGUCUUUAAUGGUGAACAUGAAACCUUCUCCUCGUCCAGUCAUAUGCUUUAGGCCUAUAAGACCCUCUGACCUUGGAACUUUAGAGAAGAUUCAUGGUGAUUUAUUUCCAAUUCGGUAUGAAACCGAGUUUUUCCAAAAUGUGGUUAAUGGGCGCGAUAUAGUAUCAUGGGCUGCUGUUGAUCGCAGUCACUCAAAUGGUCAAAGUGAUCAACUUAUAGGAUUUGUAACAGCGCGAAUUGUACUUGCAAAAGACAGUGAGGUAGGGGAUAUGCUCAGUUAUGAUUCAUUAAAAUCUGAUCAAACUUUGGUCUACAUUCUGACUCUCGGAGUAGUAGAAGGCUACAGAAAUCUUGGCAUAGCCUCUUCACUUAUUCGCGAGGUCAUAAAAUACGCCUUGAGCGUUCCAACUUGCCGAGCUGUUUACUUGCAUGUUAUUUCUUAUAAUAAUGCCGCAAUCCAUUUGUACAACAAAAUGUCUUUUAGGUGUUUACGGAGACUUCAAGGUUUCUACUUGAUCAACGGUCAACAUUACGAUUCUUAUUUGUUUGUUUACUAUGUAAAUGGCGGCCGAUCACCCUGCUCACCAUUAGAGAUUGCAACGGCUGUGCUCAAAUACAUGAGGAAUGCUUUUAAGUCGAUGUCAGCACGAGUAUGGAGGAAUGAGGAUAGGAAAGUGAAAUGGCCUAAAAGUAGAGAAAGCCGCUGCCUAGUUUCAUUGACGACGCAGAGCAGGAGAAACCUAGCAGCUGAGUGUACAGGAUGUGAAUGUGUUUGAGUCUUUAUUAUCUAUACAUUGAAAAUUGAGGGAACAAUAGGAAAAAUGAGGUGGUGUAGGUUAUAUUGUGAUUGUAAAAUCUCUUUCCUUGAAGACUUUUUAUGUGUGCUGCUUUCUUUUGUUAGCCUUUGAAAUGAAAUUGAAAUAGUAGUAAUAUUAUUGACAAUAAAGUAAAAGCCAAUAUCGCUAAGUUAUAAAAUGGGAGCAUAUUUUGAUUCAAAAAAUUCAAUGCUUUGCAUCUUUGUGCCCAUUAAUUUGAGGCAAAUUUUUGGACUAGUUACAAUUUAUAGCUUAUAACGGUUUCAUGUUCUA